AAACCUACUUGUACGUUUUUGUGUAAAAUACUCGGUGAAGGCCGGAGCGAAUUAAAGGUCGCGUUGACAUUUCCGCGUUUUUUUGAAAAAAAUUAUCUUGUUAUUAACAUUUUUUAGUACUCAUGUUGAAAUUAAACAGAACUCACAUACAAACGGUUAUGUUACCGAUAAGGGUGUUAGUUUAGUAGGAGAUAAGCAAAUGUCAAUUGGGCCAUUUGCUCCACAUUGCUGCGCAAAAAAUUGUAAAAGACAAAGUUGGUCAACGUAAUUUAAAUUCAAUGAAUCUGAUAAACAUGAAAUAUUAUACUCGUAAGUAAUGAUUAUACUUUGACCUUUUGAUCUCUAAGUGCGCGAAUUUUAUUUAUAAAAUCAGUCGGGAACGCGGCGCGUGUUUGUUAGAUCGAAUUUCGGUGCGACGUGCGUAUAGAAGAUGUCAAAAAGCGGAUACACUUGUGUACGCUACAUUUUUUGCUGGUUGAACGUAAUUCUAUGGAUAACAGGAUGCGGAAUACUCGGCGUCGGUUUAUGGCUACGAAUAGCCUACGAGGGAUAUGCGACUUUGUUACCUGAAUAUGCAUUACUUGGAGCGGAUUCAUUAGCAAUUGCCGUGGGUACAAUAGCGUUUAUUCUCGCCUUUUGUGGAUGUUGCGGCUCAUGGUUUCAAAGCCGUUGGAUGUUAAUAACAUAUUUCAGUUUGGUAGUCUUUAUAUUCGUCGCCGAAUUUAUAAUGGGAUCCUUGGCGUUCGUAUUUCGUGAAAAACUUGGCCAUAUUCUGCAGCAGGAACUGCAAUAUGGAUUACAGCAUCACUAUAACAUUACCGCCAGUGGACCGUACAGUUUGGUGACAAUUUGGGACCAACUUCAAUCUGAGGUUCAUUGCUGCGGUGUGAAAAACUACGAAGAUUGGUACGGUAUAGAUGCUUGGGUGGACGAACGAUGGGUACCCGAAUCGUGUUGUUUACCUGCAGCGUAUUUAAAUCAAACGGAAACUCAGCCUUGCGGACAUACUCAAAAUAGCGAAGAUUGGUAUCCGAAGGGUUGCUUCGAACAAAUUCAGAUGUGGUUCAUUCAAAGGCUACACAUAGUCGGUGUGGUUGGUUUGGUGGUGGCGUUUGUACAGUUAUUUGGAUUGAUAUCCUCCAUGUUAUUGUUUUGUACAGUGAAACAUAAACGAUCAUCUUACACAUACCAAUCUUACGAGCCAAAUGCUUGAAGACUGUAUAAUUGUAUAAAUAUCUAUUUAUGAUCUGAUAUAGCCUUAUGUACCUUUCUACCUUAAAUGUUAUUUGACGAACAAAAUUACUGAUUCUCGCAGGGUUCACUGCAGCACAGGUUCCAAUGGGUUACCUGGGUAUCCAUAAAGUUGUAAAGCUAAUAACCACGUAAUACAAAAACAUAAAUUAUUGAGGAAUCAGAAGAAUGAAGAUCACUAAUUUUGUACGUGACUGUACCUAUGAACUGUGAAUAUGUACGUAUUUAGUGCCAAAAAGAUAAUAAAUGCACACAAAACAA